UUUAGAAAAGUUAGAUACUAUCGAUAAGCCAAGCCUCAGUAAUGAUAACAAAGCUAAUAUACCAUUAGCUGGAAAUCAGCAACAAUGGCAAUAUAUACAUAGAACAGAAAUAGAUAGAUACUUGCAAGCAAGUUGGCUAAGAA